CCAAUCACUUGAGUCUUCUUCAUGCUUCCUCCUGCUCCCUGCGUGCGCAUCUAUCCUAGGAGAAGGGCAAAAGUGAGUUGGGUUACUUGUGGAGUUGUUAACAGAACAUGGAGGAGUUGAGGCAGAAGAUUCUGUGCACUAGCCUGGAGCUCGAGGCAGUGAAAAUGGAAAAGAGCGAAGAAAUUAAAAGGUACAAGGAGAACGUGAAGCACCUGCUCAGCCUCCUGAAGACUGCUUACCAAGAAAGAGAUGAAGCCAGAGACCAGCUUCAGAAGCUGAUCAACGAGCUCACCUCACAAAGCAUCAGUGAUAUAUCAUCCUUGUUCUCUCAACGGAAACAUCCUGAUGACUUCCUUGUGCUGGUGAAAGCGAACUCAGGCAUAACUGAAUCAAGCAGCCUCUCCGAUUCCUACAACAAUCUCCACUCGCGUUGCUCAUCCCCUGUGAAUUCGUUUCUGGAUGCAGUUUCUUCACCCAACUUCUUGUGUUUUAACAUGGUCGAUUCUGGAAAUAUGGGCUUCACCAACCAGCCUUAUGUUCAGGAAUAUAAUGGUGCUAUGACUAGUGGUUCAAUCUCCUUGGUGAAUGCUAAAUUAGACCCAGCAUCUGUCAUUAUCAAUGACCUUGUCAAAGGAAAAGCCCUGCCUCAAAAGGGCAGGCUCUUGCAGGCCGUAAUGGAGGCCGGUCCUCUACUUCAGACACUCCUCAUGGCGGGGCCACUACCUCAGUGGCGGAACCCUUUUCCUCUCCAACCAUUCAAAGUCCCGCCAGUUACAGUGAAAAGUUGUGACCUGGCAAAUGCUUGUCUCAAACCUGGUGCAAGUCCUAGCAACUACCUGGUGAAAACUAUGAAUCAAUCCCCACAUCCUGACGUCUCUCGUGUGUCGUCAUAUAUAUGUGCUCAGCCUUGGUGCUGAACUUCGUUUGUGGGGCUGGCCUGUAUCAGGGUCAUGGGUGUCUAUUGCCUUCGGUCAGCUG